CGGCGACGGGUUUUACGCGAAAACGCGCGGUGAAGUCGAGUCGCGUGCAACUCUGCGGUGCUACGUCGUGGUUUUGCGCUUCGCAAGCGGCAGUGUCGAUCUUCAACGCGCAGGGAAUUUGGUGUCAGCAGAUCGUGCGUCGAGUGGAAACGUUGGCGUCGCUUCGUAUCAGGAAGAAACGUGUUCAUUUGUGCAUGUGCGUUGGUGUCGCCUUUCGUUUUUUCUUUUUCCUGGCGGGAAAGAAAUCGCCCAGCUGGUCUCUACGUGGUGUGCUGCAAGUUGUGACGGGUGGCAGUGACCUUGGAGACGCGAGGACGGGUGACCGCGGAGUUCGACGACAGAGUCGCCGCUCUGCUGUGUACGCGUGCGCGGCUGCGGCGCGAUAAGCGGCGCGGUCCUUCUCUCCGCUGCUUCACGCGCGUUUGUAUUUUGCGCUCCCUCGCCUUCUCCCCUCGAGAUUCUCUGAGGCCACCCGGUUGUGCGUGCCAGCAGUAGCGCCGGCCGCCGUCGGAUACUGCCGGGGGAGCAAGCAGCAGUGUGGCGCGCGCUCGCCGUGUGGCGUCCAGUUUUCGGGAAGUCGUCAUCGCCGGCGGUGACGUCGCUCAGCUCCCCGGUCGAUGUUCUUUCUCUCCCCCACGUCACGCCCGUCGCCUCUUCUCUGGAAUAUUCCCAGAGAUCCACAGUUCGGGAGCGCGUGCGAGUGAGUGACAGCAUUCGCUGCCUGGGCUUCCUUUAGCGUUGCCUCGUCUUCAUCGGACAGUGGUUACUCGUCGUCCCCUCAUUGUGCGAGACUCACUCCUGCCAUUCUGUGCCCGGUUGUGCGUGACCCGUUUUUCAGCGUCGGCCGCCAGCGCGGCGGUCGUCUUGGUUUCGCCGGUGCCCGAGCGAGGGCGGUGGUGCUGUUGUGGUGUGUGUGCGCGCGUGUGUGUAACCGAUCGGCGUCUCGGAUUACGUCGCACAGCGCCGGCGCCAUCAUUUGUUGUCGUCGGUGUUUACUUUCUUCGUAAGCGCUCCCCAGCAUUUUCGCCGACUGAUGGUUUGCUGCAGCGUCUCGUCUGGUCAGCUGGCCUGUGACCAUGGCCUGUAACGUGACGUCGUCCUGGGGAUACAACCAUUUUGACCCCUUGUGGAACAGCGGCGCAUCCAGCGUGGAGCGUGAUGCCCUUCGAGAGCGGGAGCGGCAGGCCCGCGCAAUUCGCGCGGGUGUGGGCGGAGGAGAGUCGGGAGGACAUCCCAUCUUCAGGGCCCCCAUCAAGGUGGAUCCGGGCCAGGAAGACGAGCUGUCCAGACGGAUCAAGAACACCUUGGGGGACUUCAACCAGGUGCAGCGACUCCUCUCACAUGAUCCCAACCACCUGAUAGGCAUCUCGCGCACCAAUGCGGCCGCGCAGGCUCGGGCGCCACCUGCCGUUAGCAACCCCGUCAAUGGCAGCAGCAGCACGGCCUCCACGUGGAAUGGCAAUGCCACAGAUCCUGGAGGAACAAGAAGUAGCAGCAGCAAUAGCAGCAGCUUGGUGGCUAAGCAGCAGCACCAUAGUAAUAGUGGCAGCAGCGGCAGUGGUGGUGGCAGCGCGCAUCCUGCUAGCCAGUCCAGCAUUAGCACUCAACAGCAGGGUUCCUCUCACCACAGCAGCUCAAGCCACCGCUCGCACCAUGGCAGCAGUCACCACUCUCACCACCACUCUCACCAUCACCACAAGAAGCAGCAGCCGCACCAGCCUCCGCCACUGAUGAAUGGCCAGUACAAGUCCUCGUCUUCCUCGUCGUCCUCAGCGGCUGGCAAGAAUAGCAGGCACUUGUCCCAGCCACCGCAGGGCUCCGGCCACCACCACCACCACCACCACCAAUCAAGGGGCGGCUCUCACGAGCAAGGACGGCUAGAGGAUGCAGCAUCAAAUCCUAAGGCGAACUCCUUGCCAGCUUCAAGUUCAGCCUCCACCACGAACCCAUCCUCAGCACCGUCGAGCCAGGGUCCCCCCAAUGGCCUUGUCGUUAGACCGCCUGCCAUGCGUGCACCCUCCAAGGAUGUGAACAAUGGAAACAGUUCAGCCUCAGCACAACACCAAUCAUCUACAAAUUCUUCAUCGUCACUCACUGUGCGCACAGAGAGCAAUGGCCCUGCGACAGGUAGCACCAAGUCGUCUUCAUUGCCACGAAGCUCUGCAGCUGACUCCAAACCCAAGCGGCCUCUGCCUCGGCUGCAAAUCUCGGCACCCUCUUCAGAUAGCGGGACCGGCAGCACACUUCCGGAACUGGAAAGCAUCCUUAAGGAGAUGAAGAAAGUUCCACCGGUGUUGACAGCCAUUGAAACCCCACGAAAGGAAGAAUGCCGGCCUUCUUUUCCUACAUCGCCAGUGCAGGACCCAGUGCCUAAUCACCUAGAUGAAAAUGGUGACUCAAAGCAUCUUCUUGACCCUAGGAAAGUGACCAGCCCUCCGGGCAGCAGUCUUCAGGAUGACCUGGAGAUGAGCGACAGCGACGAUGAGCAGGAGCCACCAUUUCGCAAGACGUCGUCCUCGCUCGGUUUCUCCAUAUCGAAGAACCCAUCUUCUCCAAAUGAAAGCAUCCUUCAGCCGCCAUCUCUUGUUGAGAAGAUGUCAUCAUCAGAGUCAAGCUCCAGCGACUCUGAUGACUCCUCCUCUGCAUCAGGCUCGGGAAGUGACUCGGAAAGCUCGGACAGUGAAGGCUCUGCUCCAGAGACAAGCAGAGAGCCAAGCACCCAGAGCUGGAAGCUUGCUGACCUCAUUGAGAAGCGCAGCUCUCCUGCGGGUUUGGGAGCUGGCUUGGCCCCCAUGGGUCAGCAAUCGCGAGCCGAGGAUUCCCUCGUGGAUGAGGACUCCUUCACGCCCAUCCUCUCCCAGUACCCGAACAGGGAUGCCGACCUCGGCCUCAUGCUCAAAAGUCCCAGCCCACAAGGCCUGGACCUGAUUCGCUCCCCUGUCACGAAGCCGUCAAAUUUUCUUCUUUCCCCGGUGCACUCAAGCCCAUCCCGGAGUCCACCGCCCUUGACCAGCCACGCAGGGGCGGCUCCACGUAGUCCGUCACCUCCGGACCACCAACCUGCACCUCUGACGGCGAGUGUAACGGCCGCUUUGUCUGACGACGAAGGUCCUUGCCAGGUGCAGAAUGGCAGGAUAACCAUGAGGCUAGGCAAGCAGCAGCCGACACAACCCAAGUCAGAACCUGAGCCCCCAGCUACCAAGCAACAGCCAGAGCCAAUAAAGCGGUCAUGGCCAUCCAAGGCUGCCAAGAAAGAGACUAGUCCCAGCCUGGCCCCACCCCCAAGGAACAAGACACCUGUCACCCCAGUCCUGCCUGCAAAAACUGAACCGGUGGAAGGCGAUGUCACGGCCAGGGAACCCACGCCCAUUGGCAUUACUCCAGCAGUCAAUCGGACGACUUCAAAGCGGAGUCAUUCGGACCGCUACAACGAAAAACGUUCCAAAAUUCACAAGCCACGCUUGGUGCUGUCUGACUCGUCCAGUGAUGAUGAGGCACCGCCUCCUCCAUCGGCUGUGGGGAGGCUGUCCUCCAGCGAGGACAGCAGAGUUGAUCAACGAACUUCCGCCAAGGCUGCGCCAUCGCGUGUUCGGCCACCAAAGCCAUCCCGUGGUGAUUCUAAAGUGCACAAGGAUGAGCUGGUUGUACCCAAGAGGGAAGGGAUGGGCAUGCCAAGGACUCCUCCUGAACCUCCGUCACUGUUGUCUCCCAUUGGGCAGCGCAGUGGCAGUGAAGUUCGGGACAGUGCGCCUGCCUCAUCGGAUAGCAUGGUUGUCUCCAUUGCCUUAAGCCGCCUCCUUCGGUUGCCUGGCCAGCUAGUGAGGCAACAGCCGUCUCCAUCCCUCUCAAAAGAGCACCCGUUGGACGCAGGGCCGGCUGUGCUUAAUCAGAAGCCCGAUGUGUCAAAGCAUAACUUGUGUAGUAGUGCAGUGUCUUCCCCAGUGAAGGGCAAGUCAAGCUCGAAAAGGAAAAGUUUGCCGGACGAGGACAGGGGAAGCAGAGAGCAGGAAAAGAAGCGGAGGGUGUCAACUAGCUCCAGUGGCUCGUUACGAGUCAAGAGAGAGUCAGUUGAACUGCCACGGCCAGAUGAUGAAUCGGAGAGCCGGCAAGAGUGGCCAGAGCCUCUACGCUCAUGUGACAGCCCAAGCAGUUUGAGUUCAUACUCAAGUCAGCGGAGUGGCGCACGGCAACACCGUGGGCGCCCCUCUUCAUCCAGCAGGAGUCGCUCUGAAAAAGGCUCAGCGUCUCGGAGAGAGACAACGCCUUCUAGUGAAAAGUCCAAGAGGCACCACAAUCACCACCGGGACAAGAAAGAGUCAUCGGGCUCAAGAACCCGGUCCCACUUGGAUGGGGCGUCAUCGUCGAGCAAAUCUCGGGCCGCACCUGAUGAUCCAAGCUCCGACCCCAGCGCCAUGGCAGGCAGCACAGAUGUCGUUUCUUCUAGUCAGGUGAAUUCUUGGGAAGGGCUACUGUCGAGCUCGGAUCAGAGCGAAGUGCACGGGCAUGAGACACCCGGUAGCCGCAUGGGAUCGCUGGGCAGCGGGGGGAUGUCGUCGGCCAUGCCGGUUGGGACUGGAGGCCUUCUGACGGUGAAGAAGGAGGAGCCCGCCGACGGGCAUAGCCAGCGGGGCAACCCAUCCCAGCUCCUGUCAUACAACUCGCACCGAGAGUGGGAGUCAAAAAAUGGCAGCUCGGACUACUUUCUGUGUGAGGCCAAGCGGUUGAAACAUGAGGCCGAUCGGGAAGUGCACCGCACAGCACAGGCGGUCAAGUAUUUAGAAGCGGUGCUCUACUUCAUCCUAACGGGCAAUGCCAUGGAGCACGGUCGUGCCGACCCUGAAAAUGUGUACCGCAUGUACAAGGAAACACUCAUUCUCAUCAAGCACAUUUCAUCAAAAUUUCAGAAGCUCCAGAAUGAUGCUUAUGGCAGCAUUGACAACAAGCUUGCCAUACUUAGCCUACGGUGUCAAUCUUUAUUGUACAAAAAGCUGUAUGAUUUGCACAAAAAUGAUGUCCGUGAGAACAUGCGUGCCCUCACCGAGUUCCAAAAGUGCCCUUUGGGCAAGCUUGCCUCGCCACCACUGGCUCCAGCAGGCGUUCGUCUGCAGAGGUCCCCGUGCCAGCCGUCGCCACACUCACCCACGCCUUCACCCGCGGGUAGUGUGGGCUCCCAGAGCAGCGGCUACAGCAGCUGUGAGCUGGCCAGCAAUGGCCACGGGGGCAGCAGGCAACAGCCGGCGACGACGGCCACUGUGGUGCCGGCCAUAGCCACAGCAGCAGCAGCGCCCCUGCCGGGCGCAAUAGCCCUACCACAGUCCCAGUACCUGAUGCUGCAGCACCAAUUGGCAAACCUGAUGUGCCUGUACCGUUGCCACGAAUUGUGGGAGCAGGCCGACUCGCUCACCAGCCGCUCACACUCCAGAGAGUUUUUCGAGGAGCUUGACCGGGACUGUGGCAUACUGACACUGCACAGCUCGUGCUCAGAGCUGGUGAAGUACAUUCAGGAAGGCGUUUGCCGACUACGACAGCGGUUCACCACCUGUUCCACGGACGGUUGCACCACGUGAUGGGGGCUGUCCCCUGCCGCUGCCACCUGCGUUGCCACCACCAGCACCGUGAGCUCGAUGCCGCACGAGGCACGGCUUCUGUGAACUGUGGCCGUCACGGGUGGCCCGGCAGAGGCAUUUCUCCUUCACCCAGUGCUGCUGUGCUGCAAUAUGUACACAUACAAACGAUGUGUUUUGUUUCUCAUUUUUUUCUUCCCCCUGUUGUUGUUCUUUUAAUUAGGGCUCCUUCACAACCGUUUCUCAGCGCGGCACCUCAGUUUCCUUUUUUCUUGAAUUGUGCCCCUCUUUGGUGGCUUUAUUUUUCCUAUUUGUUUUAGUCUGUUCCGAGAGCUGUUUGUUCUUGUUGCUGCCAGUAACCAUUGUUGUUGUGGUUGACGUUUGUGUACAUAAAAAGUGGGUGUGUGGAAAGAUGGAGACAGGUGAAGGAGGCUGAGAGGAAAUGCAGAGUGGAGGGAAGGUGUACAUAGGAAGGUGACAAGGCAUGCAGUGUUUGUUUUUCCUCUCCACAGAUUGUGCUGUUACUUAGUCGUGUGUGCUGCCAUGCAAAAGAAAAAAAAAGAAACGGAAGUGCUAUGGGGUCAAGUGUCACAUGCACAGAAGCAGCAAACAACCACGGGUGAUAGCGCAGGAAGGACGAGCAAGAAAGCCCAGGGAUGCAGCGCCACUCUUUGUCUAUAAGAAUUGUACAAAAAUCAUUGUCACGAUGCAAACCCCAUCAUGGCUCCCGCCACGUUGGGACUUAAAAGAGGCCUUUGUCUGUGCAAGGAAUUGUAAAGUGUCAUCAAAGCUUCUAUCUGCCUCUGCGGAUUCUUCAUUUUCGUGGUCCCCCCCCCCCUCUUACCACCACUGUUGUGCACACAGUGGGGAGCCACCUGUGCUCCUGUUUUGUUGGACUAGCAGGAUGUCAAUUAUCCUGUCAUCACCAGUGUUCCCUGUUCUUUUGAAGACAUUUGGGAAAGGUGCAAGAGGCUCUUCUGUGAUUAGGUGGCCCCAUUUUCUUUUUUCUUUUAAUGUAAUCGUGAGCAGAUGAAAUGUGCUCAGCACCCCGAGGCAGGCAGUUAGUUGUGUCCGGCAGCCGAGGUGGCCUCCCACUCAGAGUCUGUUCCAGAGCACUCGGACUGCUCUAAAGUGUUGUGUUUCAAGAAUGUGCAAAGUGUCAAUAUGGGCCUCUGCCAAUAAGAGGGCGAGGCGAGAUUCUUCGCUCUGUUCAUUUCUCAUGGAACUCUAGUUUUUCUACUCUGUUCUUUUUUUUUUCCCCUCUCAUAUCCCCGUUGUAAAUAACACGCGUUGGGGAUGCCUGUGCAAAGUGGAGGCCUGUGUGAAUUGCUGUGCUUAGCUACGCGAAACAUGGCUCUCUGGCACUUUUGUGUGGGACACAGCGGGCAGACUUGGGCAAGGGCUGGGAGAGGGAGGCAUCUAUGCGAUCGCAGGGAUAGUUAUAUGUAUACACACACAUAUAUAUAUAUAUUUAUAUACAUGAACUUUUUUUUUAUGCUCUCGUGCAAAUGCACUGGCAACAAAGCACAAAGUCUUUGUUUCUCUUUCUUUUUUCCCCCUUUUCUUUUUAUCAGUUAGCAACUACUACUUUCUUUUUUGCUUUACUUUUCCUGUUUUAUUUAUUUCUCCCACCCCUUCUGCGCAGCAUUUGACCAGUCCUUCGUGCUGUUUAUUUAACAGUAAGCUAAGCAAGAAUUUGAUAGUUGGCCAGACAGUUCUUUUUAUUUAUUCACAACACUCGUAUUGUAUUUUCUUUCUUUUUGCACUCUAACAUGAGACAGAAAGUAAUAAAUAUUUUAUCAAAUGAAAUGUAAUGGAUUCUUUUUCUGUUGGGUUGCUGUGCCAUUUUAUUAUUAUUCUUCUCUUCUGUCUUAGGGCUUGCUUUUAUCUGCUUUUAAUGCACUUGCACUGCGCUCUCUCUUUCUUUUUUUCUCGGGGUUGUUUGGGGUUCCGGAAGGAAUGGCCAAAUCGCUGUGAGGCAUUUCUCUAUGCAAGUCGGAAAGUUUGCCUCCGUUAUCUGUCGCGGACCUUGCAGCAGCAGCGAUGACAGCUGGCCUUGGAAAUGCCUUUGUCUUUUCGCACCUUGCGGCCAACCUGCCAGUUGAGCUUGUACCCACGGCUGAGUAAGGGGUGGAAGCUAGACACUUCAGCAGCUAUACUGCAACUUUGCUGCAGUGACAAAGUGCUUUAAGAUCACAGUAUUUUUAUUUCUUCUUUUCUUGGAAGUGCCAUAAUGUAUCUUGUGCAGGAGGGAGGAAAAGGGGACAGACAACAGUGAAAAAAAAAAAAAAGUGUGGUCUAUACAACAAGUGCAAGGAUUUUUAUUUUUUACUGUGCCGUUGACGCUGGUACUUGGUGACUUGCCUUUCCCUUGUCUUUUUCCGUGAUUAAGGCGCUUUACUCGACAGUAGCAAUUUUACAAAAAGCUUUUCUGAAUCUGCUGUUUGUGUCCGUGCAAGGGAACCUGAUUUUAGCUUUGCGGCACGUUAUAGGAAAUGCAUUGUUUGAAAGUAGGGAACAGCAGAUUUUCCCCUCCCGAGACGACUGUUCUCGAGUCGUAGACUACUGGCUGGACGAUAUCUAUAGCUGGCCUUUCCUCCUGCCUCGCAUUUUAUUUACAGAAGCAGCCAAUGGAACAGAUGCAGUUGUAACUCUAAUAAUAUAUAGUAGCCACAGCUGUCAAAGGAUGAGCGAUAUUUAACAAGUGGUGAGCAGCUUGAUAUGCAAGUGUGCUGUUGCUAUUUUUUUACUGGCCCGUUGAUGAUGCGGGUGACUUUUUCAUGCUUGAUCGUGUUUCUGGUCGGUUGGAAGGGGUGGGGUGUAGGGUAGGGGGUUCAGAGGAGAGUUGUGUCAAGCAGAACAGUUGCUUGUACCUGUUAAAAGUGCAUGCAUUGCAUAUUGUGUUGAGUUAUGCCUCCAUGCAAUGAGUUUCUUCCAAAGGCUACUAGGAGAUGUGCUGUGACAGCUCUGCUGGCUAAUUUCACUUGUGUGUGUGUGUAUGCACCUUUUUUUUUUUUUCUCUCGGCCUCAAAAGGGGCAGGCAUUCUUCGUGCACGUGUUCAGCAUGGCCUGCACUUUGCCUGUACAUGCUUCUCUUCUUGGAAAAAAAAAAGAAAGGAGUUGUGGUUGCACUUGUUCAACUGCAUUGUAGUUGUUUUUUAAAGCCCAUGAUACAUUGUGGUGCCUGUCUUUUGACUGAGGCGUUUCCAGUUUCCUUCCUUGCUGGGGAACUUUUGUUAAAGCCUAUCCCCGAGGUGUAGCUUUGUUACCCUCCCCUUUUGCCCAGCCCUUCCCUUCUCCACGUCACCCGUAUACAUAUAUAUAUAUCUAAACUAUAUAAAUACAUAUAAAUAUAUAUAUAUAUAUCUCCAGAGAAUGUUUUUUUUUGUUACUUUUGUGUUAUGAAUGCUGUACAUAAGUGUAAAUAUUUUUCCACGUUAGAGGAGUGUGCAAAAAUGUCAUAUGCCUCCUUGAGCCACGAGUAGUGGAGUCAUGGUUUUUUCGGAGAGAAAUGAGAAGAAAAGAAUGUAUUUGCUUUCUUACAAAAGCUAUAAAAUAUAUGCAUUUGAAAGGUA